AUGCGAGUACAACCAGGCUAUGUGAUCUGCAUCGCCCAGACUCAACCAAACUGGACGACAGUGACCCACCUUUCCCCCAACACGCUGGACAUGGUCUCGAGAUCCCUGCAGCAUGCAGCAUUCCCAUUCUUCGUUCAGUACCUUGCUGAUGACAUCCUUCACCCCAAAACCAACGGGAGUCACAACAUUUACACGGCGAUUUCUGCAAGUUCGUUUAUCCCGCUGUGCGUCAUACGCUCUUUGAUCCGUGUCCGUUUUGUCUGUUUAGACGAGGAGCUGUUUGGAGCUGAGGCUGUCCCCUGGUCAACAGUCGGUCUGGCGAUACUAAAAACAGAGAAUCGCACUAGUGAUAUUUUGACCGAGUUCUGGUUCAUGUUCACCCGGUCCUGGUAUUUUCCUAAUUUGGGCUCAGAUUCCGCACACCGAAACAGUCUUGAACGGAUUCACAAUAAUACGGCCGUGGAUCGGAUCUUCUCUGGUAUUCAGCCAACCGGGACACCUCAUCUGGGUAACUACCUUGGAGCCAUUCAGAACUGGGUGAAUCUGCAGGAGGAGUGCGGCUCAGUGCUCUACAGCAUUAUGGACAUGCACUCUCUCACCAUGCCCAGGGAGCCAGCUCUCCUGCGCCAGAACAUACUGGACACCACUGCUGCCGUCCUUGCCUGCGGUGUUGACCCAAAGAAGUGUCUCCUGUUCCGACAGUCGCUGGUUCCUGAGCACACAGAACUUGCUUGGAUUCUUGGGUGCUUGACUAACGUGCCACGUCUGCUGCGCUUGCCCCAGUGGAAGAUGAAGCGUACCAGCCAGAAUAAUGAAGGAACCGUUGGUUUGUUGACUUACCCUGUGCUUCAAGCAGCAGAUAUUUUGCUGUACAAGUCGACACAUGUUCCCGUUGGAGAAGAUCAAGUCCUGCACCUGGAACUGGCCCAAGAUAUAGCACAACAGUUCAACAAGAAAUACGGAGAAUUCUUUCCUGUGCCCAAAGCCAUUUUAAGUACAACAAAGAAAAUAAAAUCCCUCAGAGAUCCAACAGCGAAGAUGUCCAAGUCAGACCCGCAGAAGUUAGCUACCGUUAACAUAGCGGACAGCCCUGAUGAAAUAGUGCUGAAAUUCCGCAAAGCUGUGACUGACUUUACCUCUGAGGUGACCUACGACCCGGCCAGUCGCCCUGGUGUCUCCAAUCUGGUGUCCAUUCAUGCUGCAGUGACGGGGCUUAGCAUCAAAGAAGUGCUACACCAAGCUGCUGGUCUCGACACUGCUCACUACAAAAUGGUGGUAGCGGAGUCAGUUAUUCAAAAAUUUGCACCUAUCAGGAAUGAAAUCAAGAAACUCCAGGAAGACACAUCCCAUCUGGUAAAGGUUUUGGAGGAUGGAGCAGAGAAAGCCAAAGAACUGGCUGCCCCCAUCUAUCAAGAAAUAAGACGACUGGUGGGAUUUCAGUAG